AUGUCUGGACGCGGCAAAGGCGGAAAAGGCCUCGGCAAAGGCGGCGCCAAGCGCCACCGUAAGAUUUUGCGCGACAACAUCCAGGGCAUCACCAAGCCCGCCAUCCGCCGUCUCGCCCGUCGUGGCGGUGUCAAGCGUAUCUCCGCCAUGAUCUACGAGGAGACUCGCGGUGUGCUCAAGUCUUUCCUUGAGUCUGUUAUCCGUGACGCUGUCACUUACACCGAGCACGCUAAGCGUAAGACUGUCACUUCUCUUGACGUUGUCUACGCUCUUAAGCGCCAGGGCCGUACUCUCUACGGUUUCGGUGGUUAG